AUGGGCAGUGGUGCCUCGCGGAAAAGGCAGGCAGACGACCUCGCCGCAGCCACUACAACCAGUCGCAUCAAAUACCGGAACGGCCGCCCAAAAGUCCACGGCGACGAAAUCAUUGGCUGCUUUAGUACCAGUGACGACACGGGAAAGGUAGUAGCGCCUCCUGGACUCCUCUACCGCAUCGUGAUGCGGGAAAAACGCCAGUGGUACUUUUACAAUGAUACAAAAACCUACAAUAUGGUAAUCACGGGGUACUUUGGUGCCCUCAAUAUCAUCAAGGCCUUGGGAAAGGCAAAGAUGUGGCGUGAGAUGCCAAGUGGGCUUCUCAUCGUCGAGCUCGUCGUGCCGCCAUUGCAGACGGAGCCGUACCUAGAGGGAAUCGUCACGGAUGGUUUUGACCUGCGCUUCAGGGCCACGCUGGUCUAA